AUGUUUGUUUCGAAGGCAUGGGCCUGGCUUGCAUUAGCCUCUGCCACCCUAGUCUCUGGUGUAUCGCAUGCAAAAGACCAGGCUAGGAGAAAAGCCACCUCAGAUACAAAAGUAGGUACCUUCCUCCACAACCGCAUCAGUCCCAAUUAUUCCGAGCUGUAUAUUGCCGAGCCAGACGGCUCCAAUGAGAAGCUCCUCCUGGGUUCCAACACCGUGUACGACUUCCGAGCCAGCUGGUCCCCUGACGCAAAGUAUGUUUAUUUCACGUCGGAGAGAAGAGGGAACGGCCAGGCGGAUAUCUACCGUGUCGCCAUUAAUGGCACCAGUACCGUGGGGGCAGAAAUAGAAGAAGUCGCUUUGUCACCCGGUGUCGACGACUCUGCUUCGAUCUCCCCUGAUGGCAAGAUGCUGGCAUUUGCAACUUCGAGAUACAAUCAGACUAGCCAGAUAAUGCUCAUGGUCCUGGAGACCGGAUCGCUCAAGAACCUCACGCUCACUCCCGGUAUCUCCGAGGCCGCCAACUCUUCACUACCCAAUGGAUACUUCAAGCCGACAUGGUCCCCUGAUGGAGAGUGGAUCGUCUUCACAUCCGAUCGCAACACCCCAUGGCGGGGCCACAGCGACGGCUCUGGUUGGGAGCAUACCCAGGAGUUGUCCAUUUACGCAGCCCGCCCCAAUGGUACCGACUUUCGUCUCGUCUCGUCUCGGAGCAACUACACCCAGGGAUCGCCUAGAUUCUCUCCAAAUGGAAAGCGCCUGGUCUUCUAUGAGAUGUUGACCGAGGACACAUACAAUGGUCGUCUGCAGCCUGAGCUGCUCGAAGGAUCUUACCUCAACACCAGCAUCGUCUCGAUUGAUUUCGUCACUGGUGGUGACCGCAUUGUUCAUGCUACUGGAGAUGGGACCAAGAUCAGUCCUUCAUUCGUCACCGACGAUGUUAUUGGCUACGUCAUGAAAGAGGCGGCCAGCAAUGGUAUCUACUACACCUCCAUCUCGGGUAAAAACUACACGCAAUACCAGACCAUUCCCAUGAAUACCAUGACACCUGCUAUACGCUCUCCUGCCUGGUCACCAGAUGGCAAAUAUAUCAUCUAUGAAAAACAAGGUCCCACGGGCGGUAGUACGUCGACAUCGAAGACUCAGUAUUCCCCGCUGUGGAACUUUGACCCGGACUGGGACUACCGCUUCACGGAUGUUUUCCCGAUGGCCAAGCGUGGAGGCUGCCCUAUGAUGGCCAUGUCACAGCAGAUGGAGGGUGUCGCAGAUAGCAAUCUUAUGCGUCUCCAAAUGAACGGCACUGAUCAGGCUUUAAACGCCCGUGCCUAUCAGGGCAACUGGGGACCGAAUGAUACCAACAUCACGUUCGGCUACGGUGCAUACUUCGUGGGUCGCCAAAGUAGCCCGGGGUUCAUCUUUAGUGUUACCCCGGAGGGUACGGGCGUGACCCUCCUCGCCGGCAACAACAUCACCAACUACGGAUUCCCGUCUUACAACCAUGAUGGCACACAGGUCGUUUUCCGGACCUGGCCUGGUACGGCCUCAAAUGGUACCACCAUUGGCACCACUGGAUUGGCCAUUGUCGAUCUACCCUCUCGGCAGGUGACCCAACUUACAACCGAGUGGGAUAACCUCCCGGCUUUCUCCCCUGAUGGCAAGAAGAUCUUGUUCACACGGCGCACCAAUUUGGGUAACAUUGGCGACAACUAUGACAUUUUCACCAUGAACCCGGAUGGCAGUGAACUUACGAAGCUCACUCCCUCUAUCGCCAGUGAUGCCCAUGCUGUGUGGACCCAAGAUGGACGUAUACUAUACAGUACCGCGAUGUUCGGCUUCCAGCAGGAGGCACCCUUAUACGAUGAUUCUAUGCAGCCAUACGCUGUCAUCGUGCUCAUGGAAGCCGAUGGUAGCAACAAGACCGUGUUGUCGAACAGUUUGUGGGAAGAUGCCAUGCCUAUGUUUGCGCCCGCUCAUGUCAUGGAAUACUAUUGUUGUGGUGGUAUCUCCACUUCCAUCUCCUUUUGUUCUUCUUGA